UAAAUAAGGUGCUCACAAUAAUCCAGAUGAGGCUUCCCCAGCGCCUUUUAAAUCCUCGGCAUUAUAUCCUUGCUUUUAUAUUCUAAAAAUGGUUAACAUUGCCAAAGAGGGGCGAGCACAAGUCAGGGCUUUGGGGUUCCAGAAUAUGUUGGGAGGCUCCAGGGAGGGAGAAGAGGGAGUCAGACCAGAUGGAUGUGGCUCUCAAUGAAAGAUCAGCAACAUUUCGAAACUGAUCGACUGAAAAAAUGUUGUGUACUUCUGCAAAAUGCUGGAGGAACUCAGCGGCUCAGGCCGCAUCAAUGGAGAGGAAUAAACAGUUGAUGAUUCGGUCCGGAACCCUUCAGCGCUGUUUAUUCCUCCGCUAAGAUGCUGCCUGACCUGCUGCGUUCCUCCAGCACUUUGUGUGUGUUGCUCUAUAUUUCCAGUAUCAGCUGCUGAAUGUAAACACGUUGAUUUUUUUUUAGACAUGGCGUGGAACCGGUACUUGCAGACACUUCUAACAACACCCAGAGACUCCGCGCUUCAGAAUUCGCCCCCGGUGACCCGGCGUGGAAGGGUCGCUGCUGCGCAUGCGCUCCGGCGGACAAAAGGCCCGGGAGGAUUCGCAGGAGGUAGGAGUUGACUCCUGGCAGGAGUUUCAGCACAGUUGUACACACCGCGAUUGAGGUACAAUUACUGAGAGCUCCGGACACACUGUGGUGCCGCAAACCUGGGACCUUUCCCCCUCUCUCUCGGCCUCAUGAUCCGUGCCCGGGCCUCGGGGAGCUCUCUGCUGAUCGAGCGAAGUUGUUUGCGCCAUUUUGGCGGCGCAUGCCCAUUACUGAUAUUGUAACCGGUAGACGGGUCUCUGGUUCGUGGGGGUUUCUGGGUACGAAAGCAGCCAUUGGUGACAUUCCACCGCUUCCCGCGCCAGCGUUUGGAAGUGUUAGAAAUGACAAGUGGUGUAUGGGAAUCUCAAACAUAACAACACGUCAGUUUUGUUGUGCCGGUCCAGCAAUUUAAGUAAUGGCCAGAGAUUUCCUUUGUAACACCAGUUAUCAGUUGAUCCUUGAAGAUGAAGAAGUAUCUCAUCCCACUUGGCAAUCUGCUUUGUCUCUGAAAAGAAAAUUUUUGUGGUAACUCAGUAAAAUCAACAGGAACCAGGGUGCUGAGAACACACCAGAAUUUUUCACUGGAGAUCAGGUCUUGAACUGCAUUGAUUGUACAAGGGACAUCUGAUUGAUGAAUUGCAAGAGAAUUGAUAGCAGGAAGAUAUCAUUCUCCUUCUCUCAGUGUGGGAAGGGAUUCACUCACUUGGCCCACCCGUAGAAGCACCAGUGAGUUCACAGUGGGGAGAGGCCAUUCGCCUGCUUUAUGUGUAGGAGGGGACCUACGAUGUCAUCCAGCCUGAAGAUACAUCAGCAAGUUAACCCCAUAGUGAGAUGAUUCACCUCUGCUGACUGUGGAAAGCGACUCAUUCUGUCAUCCAGCUGAAGAUACAUCAGGAAUUUCACACUGGUGAGAGGCCAUUCCCCUGCUCAGACUGUGGGAAAGGAAUCAGUCACUCAGCCCACCACAGAUACAUUAGUGAGUUCACAAGGGAGAGAGACCCUUUAACUUCUGUAUGUGAGAAGAGAUUCAUUCAGUGAUCUGACCUGCUGACACAUGAGCAAGUUCACACUUCGGAGAGGAGGAACAUUUGCUCUGAAUGUGGGAAAGGAUUGGCUAAGUCAUCCCACCGAUUGACACCCCAGUUGGUUUACAUUAAAUUAAGUCCAUUUACCUGCUCAGACUGUGGGAAGGGAUUCAUUUGGUCAUCUGAUAUAUUCGCACACGAGUCAGAUUACACUGGUAAGAUGCCGUUCACCUGCUCAGACUGUGGCAAGGGAUUCACUCAGUCAUCUCAACUGAAGGUACAUCAGCGAGUUCACACUGGGGAGAGGCCGUUCACCUGCUCAGACUGUGGGAAGGGGUUCACUCAGUUAUCCCACCUACAGACACACCAGCGUAUUCACACAGGAGAGAGGCCGUUCACCUGUUCCAUAUGUAGGAAGGGAUUCACUCAGUCGUCCCAACUACUGGCACACCAGUCAGUUCACACUGGAAAAAUGCCAUUCACUUGCUCAGAAUGUGGGAAGGGAUUCACUCGAUCAUCUGACCUACUGGCACAUCAGCGAGUUCACACGGGAGAGAGACCAUUCACCUGCUCAAACUGUGGGAAAGGAUUCACACAGUCAUCUCAACUAAAGGUACAUCAGCGAAUACACACUGGGGAAAAGCCGUUCAUCUGCUCAGGCUGUGGGAAAGGAUUCACUUCAUCAUCUCAACUGAAGGUACAUCAGCGAGUUCACACUGGGGAGAGGCCGUUCACCUGCUCAGACUGUGGGAAGGGAUUUACUAAGUCGUCUCAAUUAUUGGUACAUCAGUCAGUUCACACUGGGGCGAAACCGUUCACCUGCUCAGACUGUGGGAAGGGAUUCACUCAGUCAUCUGACCUAUUGGCACACCAGCGAGUUCACACUGGGGAGAGGCCAUUCGCCUGCUUAGUCUGUGGGAAGGGAUUCACUCACUCAUCCAACCUACAAAGACACCAGUUAAUUCACACUGGGGAGAGGCCGUUUACCUGCUCAGACUGUGGGAAGGGAUUCACUCACUCAUCCAACCUACAGAGACACCAGUCAAUUCACACUGGGGAGUCAGCCACCUUGUCCCGCACAUUGGGUGAAAAUCUUUAAAUAAGCUGCAUGCUGGAUAUUUAACUACCGCGUUUGCCGACUCCAGAUGUUCACCUUUAAUGAGACUGGAGUUCAAUAUUCCAGACCUGUGACAAAUAAAUCAGCUCUAUUUUAAACACUGUCUCAGGUACCUAGUGAAUCUACAACACACCCUGUGGCAAUAGGGAGUCAAUUCAGCCCAGCUGAACCUGGCAGUGUUUCUGUUCCACAGCAGUCCUUUUAAAUCCAUCCCUGCUUUCCCCCUCUCAUACUCUCUGUGGUGAGAUUGUUAGCUUUCUGUGCGUGAAGAGGUUUAAUUUGAAUUUCCUGCAUGUCUUUAUGCAGACUGAAGAAGACGAGCUGAGUCUGACAUGGUCUCUGUCCCUUAAAUCUCUGGGCUGAGGAAGAAUGACAUGGAUAGUUAACCUCCUCCUUCCCUGCUCAUUUUAAUAUUGUCUGGUCAUCUUCGCUGCUUCCAAAGGACCGUAUCUCACACAGCUAGGUUGUUGGAAUACAUCACUGUCCCCUUAAGUCUGAAAGCAGAAUGGGGAGCUAUUAGUUGGAUGUUCAAUAGAGCAGGGUUAGAAACCAGAAACUGUGGGAAACCAGCAGAGGGCAGAGUUUAGGGUUGUGAAUAGAGCAUAUGAUGAGGAGCAGGGGGAUGGCAACGAAGAACACAGUAGCAACAUUUGGUAGCUGAUUGACAGAGAAAAAAAUGCUGACUUUUACAAUGCUGGUUCACAUCGAGUUUAUUGCUUGUGGGAGCUUGCUGUAUUGAAUUGGCUACUGAGUUCUCAUAAAAAAAUUGAUUGGAUUGAUGCCAUUUGGUAGAGAGGAGACAAUGCUUGUAAACACUUUGAAUGGCACUCUGGGCUGCAGAAUCACUGUCACAGCGAAUCAAGUGUAUAGGUGCCGAAAGUCUAAAGUUGUGCUGAAAGGCGUGCAUACAUUCAGUUGGACAAAGGGUUCCGGGAAUGGGUGCACUGGACCUCCCAGGCACAGCUGAGAUCUUGUUAUCUAAAUCUAAGGAUUUGGAACUUGGAUGAACUAUGUGGUUCCAAGUUUAUCUUGCAGGAAGAAAUUAAUAAUGUGUCUUUCAGAUAAGUAGAUAAGUGAUUUUCUACCAGUUGAAGUGGAACAUUGAGGUCAAGUCCAACGUCCAGAACUUGCUGAUGUCCAUACCUCGAAGGUAAUGUGAAUAGUUGAGAUUGAGGCCCAAAAGAUUGUGGAUAGUGUGGAGCGCUGUCAGAGGUUACAGCGGGAUAUUGAUAGGAUACAAAACUGGGCUAUAUAGGACCCUGGUCAGACCCCACUAGGAGUACUGUGCUCAAUUCUGGUCACCUCACUACAGGAAAGAUGUGGAAACUAUAGAAAGGGUGCAAAGGAAAUUUACAAGGAAGUUUCCUGGAUUGGGGAGCAUGCCUUAUGGGAAUAGUUAGAGUGAACUCGGCCUUUUCUCCUUGGAGUGACGGAGGAUGAGAGAUGACCUGAUAGAGGUGAUUGAUCGUGUGGAUAGUCAGAGGCUUUUUCUCUGGGCUGAAAUGGCUAACACAAAAGGGCACAGUUUUAAGGUGCUUGGAAGUAGGUACAGAGGAGAUGUCAGGGGUAAGUGUUUUAUGCAGAGAGUGGUGAGUGCAUGGAAUGGGCUGCUGGCAAUGGUGGUGGAGGUGGAUACCAUAGGGUCUUUUAAGAGACUCCUGGAUAGAUACAUGGAGCUUAGAAAAAUAGAGGGUUACGGGUAACCCUAGGUAAUUUGUAAAGUAAGGACAUGUUCGGCACAGCUUUGUGGACUGAAGGGCCUGUAUUGUGCUAUUGGUUUUCUAUUCUAUUCUUCUAUUCUAAAAGGAAGAAGUGGGUCCAACUUCCAGUGAAUUAAAAUGUCAAUUAGAGCUGCAUGGGCUAAGCUUUUGAUUCUUUAGCAGAUCACCUUUGUUAAAAGUCAUCUGGUUCUGGAUCCUUUUGUCAAGUAGAACAAACAUAGAACGGUACAGCAGACGGAAAGGCCAUUCAGCCCACAAUGUUGUGCCAAACCUGCUGAAAAGCAAAUCAAAAACACCCAAACACUAAUCCCUCCUACCUACACCAUGUCCCUAUCCCUCCAUCUUCCUUACACCAUGUGCCUAUCCAAGCAUCUCCUAAAACCCUCAAAUGUGUUUUUGCCUCUAACCACCAUACCAGGCAGCAUAAUACAGGCAUCCACGACUCUGAGCAUAAAACUCCCCUCACAUCUCUGCUAAACCUACCCCCUCUCACCUUCAGAGCAUAAUCAUUGUGCAUGCCAUCUAUGCCCUCAUAAUCUUGUAAACCUCUAUCAGAUCUCCCCUCAGCCUCUGGUGGGUGCUCCAGAGGAAACAGCCUCUUGUGAUAGCACAUGCACUCUGAACCAGGCAGUAUCCUGGUAAACCUCUUCUGCAUCUUCUCUAAAACCACAUCAUCCUUCCUAGAGUGGGGCAACCAGAACUGUGUGCAUUAUCAGAUGUGGCCUAACUAGAGUUUUAUAAAAUUGUAACCUAACUUCGUGACUUUUGAACUCAAUACCUCGACUAAUAAAAGCAAGCAUUCCAAAAGGCUUCUUAGCCACCUUAUGUGUAGCCGCUUUCAAGGAGCUAUGAAAAUGGAUUCCGAGGUCUCUGCUCAUCUUGAUCUUAACGGUGUACUUUCUGCAUGCAUUUGCCCUACUGAAAUACAACACUUCACAUUUAUCUGGGUUAAACUCCAUCUGAAAUUUCUCUGCCCAUAUCUGCAAUUGAUCUACACUAUGCUGUAUUCUUUGCAGUCUUCUACAUUAUCCACAGCUCCACUGAUCUUGGUAUCAUCUGCAAGUUUGCAAACCCAUUCAUCUACGUUUUCAUCCAGGACAUUUAUAUACAUCACAAACAGCAGAGGUCUCAGAACAUAUCCCUGCAGAACGCCACUAGCUACAGACUUCUGACUUGAAUGAGAACCUUUGACCAUUACCCUCUGUCUGCAAUGUACAAGCUAGUUCUGAAUCCAAAUAGCCAAUUUGCCAUGGAUCCCGUACCUUAGUAAAAUCCAUGUUGACAACAUCCACUGCCUUGCCCUCAUUGAUCCCUCUCAUCACCUUGUCAAAAAACUCAUUUAAGUUGGUAAGACCUGCAGUACACAAAGCCAUGCUGGCUCUCCCUAAUUCGACUAUCGGUUCCCAAAUGCUCAUAAAGAAUUUUCUGCAGCACUUUUCCUACAACUGAAGUGAGUCUCACCGGUCUGUCGUUCCCUUGUUCCCUUCUUGGUAAAAUCCCAUCAGGCCCUGAGGACUGUUCCUCACUCCCAAUAAUUUCUCCUUUGGCUCCUCCCAACUUCCCUCAAAAAGCGUAGCCAUGGGCAUUCAUAUGGGUCCCAGCAAUGCCUCACUUUUUGAUGGUUACAUGGAACAGUCUAUGUUGCAAGCCUACACCGGUAUCACUCCCCUAACGUUUCCUCUGCUAUAUCGAUACUGCAUUGGUGCUGCUUCCUGCACCCAUGCCAAGGACAUUGACUUCAUCAGCUUUGCCUCCAACUUCCACCAUAUGCUCAAAUUUACCUUGUUCACUUCCGACACCUCCCCCACAUUUCUCAAUCUCACUGUCUCCACCUGUAAAAACAGUUUAUCCACCGAUAUCUCUUAUAGACCCGUUGAUUCUCACAGUUACUUGGACUAUACCUCUUUCCACCCUGUCACUUGUAAAAAUGCCAUCCCCUUCUCUUAAUUCCCCUGUCUCUGCUGCUUCUGCUUUCAGGCUUUUCAUUCUGGAACUAAUGAGAUGUCCUCCUUCAAAGAAAGGGGCUUUCCUUCUUCCACCAUCAAUACUGCCUGCACCUGCAUCUCUUCCAUUUCAUGCACAUCGGCCACCUGCCACCCCAGCAGGCAUAAGGUUACACUUGUCCUCACCUACCACCCCAUCAUCCUCAGUCUCUAGCACAUACUUCUCUGUAACUUACACCAUCUCCAACAGGAUCCCACAACCAAGCACAUUUCCCUCCCCCCCCCCCCACCCCACUUUCUGCUUUCCACAGGGAUCGCUUCCUCUGUGGCCCCCUCUUCUAUUUGUCCCUCCCCAGCAAUCCCCCUCCUGGCACUUAUCCUUGCAAGUGGAACAAGUGCCACACCUGCCCUUGCACCUCCUCCCUCACCACCAUUCAGGGCCCUAAACGGCCCUUCCAGGUGAUGUGAUGCUUUACCUGCGAGACUGCUGGAGUCACCUACUGUA